UCAUUGGCUAAUCCGCAUUAAUCUUUUUUUCUCUCUAAGUUGUCAAUUGAUCACUUCACGUCGCUGUGAACUUAGAGACAUUCUUAAAGAUCUUUUAAAGGCACUACAUUAUACAAUGUAUGUCCUUCAUUUAUUCACGUUUGACAUCAAUUUGCAGAAUAAGGGUGCUGAUGAGACCAAAACCUUUGAAUCAAACGUUUAAAUCAAAUCAUUAAACCACCCAAUACCCAGCACGUCAUGAAUAGUUAGGCAUAUAUGUUUCAAUACGAUCGUAAAAUAUCAAUAACAUGGGAAAACCCAAAAUCGGAUUUUUAACCGUCUUUGUUAAGAAGUAAAAGCAAUACCGUACGAUGUUUCAUUACAGAACUUACAGGCACAAUAUCUGAACAUAAUAGUUCUCUUGAUGUGUCCGUACGAAUAAAAAACAAUGUAUAUCUUUAUUUUCUACAUAGCAAUUUUACACACUACGCAUGGAUUCGUUAGUUUUGGACAUUCGUACAGACCCUGGAAUGAUACAGCAAAUCCGAACCGAACAAAUCUGUUUUGUCAUUCUGACUGUGAUCAACAUUUAUCCAAACACAGAGUAGAACAUUGUUGUCGAUGCCAUGUGCAACCUGUCUGGGAUCUGGUGCUCACGGACGUUGACUUUCUUAAUGUAGAGUAUAUAAGGAGGCGUGGAACAGCAUUUAUCGUUUCGAUCAAACAACUUAUGAAAUACAAGUACCAGAUAUUGGUACAUACAUAUGGAUUCCUCAGCGAAAUCCCUGGAAAUGUUUGUGAAUUUGCACAAAAAUUGGUAAAACUUGACCUUUCACAAAACGCAAUUACAGUUCUUGAAAAUAUCAGCUGCUUGAAAAAUUUGGACACGCUCAUCUUAGCACGAAAUAAAAUAACACAGGUUAAAAACGAAACUUUUUCCGGAUUGUCGUUGUUACGUGUAUUAGAUUUGUCAAACAACGUCAUAAAAGUGCUUGAACCGAACACACUGUCAGAUACCUCGCUGUUUCUUCACAGUGCAAAUUUCCGUCAAAACCAAAUGCAGACCAUAGACAUAACCAAUGUUGUCAUUGAAAACCCGUUCUGCAAAAUCGAUUACACAGACAAUAAAAUGACCGAUUUAACAAAUGAAGUUUCUUUUCGAAUUGAUCCUGAUAAAAUUUAUGGCGACGGAGGUUAUGUCGAUUUAGCUGACAACAUGUUUCAAACAUGGAUAAACUUUACUGAUUUGGGCUUUUAUGACCUUAACCUUUUUGGAAAGGUUAUUUCCUAUGGUUUUGAUUUACGAGGAGCAAACUGGACCUGCGACUGUAAAAUGCAACCAUUUCUGGAGAAAGUGAAACCUUAUUUAGGGAAAAUAUGGAGAGAUUAUUACAAUAUAACGUGCACAGAACCUCCCGAAUUGUCAGGGAUCUCUAUUGCAGAUAUGACCAUGAAAAACAAAUUGGAUAACUUAAUAUGCAAUAUUUCAGUUUCCAGUGGAUGUCCUCUUGGUUGUCAUUGUUACGAACAGCCAAGCGAGAGGCGAACUGUGGUGAACUGUACGGGAGUAGGGUUAACAACAAUGCCUUCCAAACUUCCGGCUUUCAGUAAUAUUGAGUUAUUAUUGGAGAACAAUUUAAUACCCGAACUAAGCGAUAUGGAAUGUUUAACACAACUUAAAAAAUUAGAAAUUAAUAAUAAUCCGCUUCAGAGGAUCUCAUCGGGUUUGGCAAACCGAAUAAAAUACAACGUUGAUAUCAGUUUAAAUUGCACGAAUCUCGAAAAAAUUCCGAUCACGUUUAAACAAUUAGACCAACAUCGAGUGAAAUUAGGCAUUUGCAACAUAACCUGUGACUGCUCGUCCAAAUGGGUAAAAGAAUGGAUUUCUGCAAAAUAUGAUAAUUCUAAUCACAAUGAAGUGUACUGUAAAACAUCUGGGGGGAAUAUUCCUAUUAUUUCAUUUAACUUUGAUGCAUUGGAUUGCGCGGUCGAACAGUUCCUAAUUUACAUUGCUAUCGCUCUAGCUUUGUUUUUAAUUCUUUUGUCGGUUUGUAUGUUAGUGCUCUACCAUUACCGGUAUGAAUUAGUCCUUAUUCACAAAAACCCAACCACUGGCAGAGAAAAUAUGGUCUCAAUGCUAUACGAUAUCUAUAUCGUUGUAAAUGAAAAUAACAACGAGGCACUUUUAUGGGCAAAGACGGUUUUAACCCAUAAACUAAAAAGACUCGGGUAUAACACAUACUUUCCAUGCAGGGAUAACAUUUUUGGAGACGUUAAAGAGGAACAGAUUAUUCAAAUGAUAUCGGAGAGCAGGGAUGUUAUUGUUCUUCUAACAUCAGAAUUUAAAUCACAUGAGGAAGAUUUAAACACGCUUUAUGCGAAUUUGGAAUGGCGCCAUGCUUGGAACAAUUUCAAAACUAAUUCCAGUGAGCGAAACCUUAUUGUUAUCAAUUUUGAUCAAUUGAAAGCAAGGGAUUUUGACGUAUCUCCCCUAAAGGCGUUUCUCCGUUUAAAGAUGACGUUAGAUUUUGCAGACAGAAGUCACAGCCUUAUGGGAGACCUGCUGGCAAGAAUUGGGCCCCCGUCUCGUGUAAAUAAAAAACCAAUCUACAAACAGACACACAAGGAUCAUACACAAUUCAUUGAGCUGUAUUUUGAGUGAAAAAAGAUUGCACUUUAGACUGAAUAUUAGUAUUCUGAACGUACGGUAUAAUAGCCUGGAUUUUUUUUUUUACAUGAUUUAUUAAAAUGUGAAUAAAGAACGCAUAGACGCUU